AUGCCAUUUUCAAUUUAUCUUAUUUAUAAAAUAGUGACAGAUAAUUUAAUAAAAAGUGGAGAACGAAAAGAAGUUGAAUCAUUUAUUAAUUAUAUUUUACAAUCAUUUAUUAUGUAUUUUAAUACAGCUUUACCAUUUUAUAUUUAUAUAUUAACAUCAUCAUCAUUUCGACGAGGAUUAAAAAGAAUAUUUAUUAAAUUUUAUUCUUUUAUAACAAGAAAACAAAUAAGAUCAGAACAAGAUGAAUCUGUUCGAACAAUGACUAUACGUCAUCAAUGUUAA